UUUGGAUCACGGGUCAAAAAAAACGCUGAUGUCGUUUUCUUGUAAUUAAGGAAGGCAUGUUCUCCCAUUAAGGCUUCUUGUGAUGCACGGAUAUAAAAAUCCGGUGACCGGCCUGCUGCUUCAUAUUAACUUCACUCCUCCUUCCCGACUAAAACUGCACACGGAUCCAAACCAAACCAUCGUUUCGGGGGCAACGCUGUCCGGCACAGACAUGUUUUCAUAUCGCAUAGCAGCUUUCUUUCUCUUACUCCUCUUACUUCUACAGGUUGUUGAAAAUGAAGCUGCGUCGUUCCCUUGGUCCUGCCCCAGCCUCAGCGGAGUGUGCAGGAAGGUUUGCCUCCCAACAGAAAUGUUCUUUGGACCUCUGGGCUGCGGCAAAGGCUUCUUGUGCUGUGUUUCUCAUUUUCUAUGAGGAGGGCAGAUCUGACCUGUACCUGCAGACACGCAGUCACGCUGAAAGAUGUUCCACGUGUUAAAGAUACAGAGGAGCAGGCAACACGUAUGAGGAGGGAUGUGUUUGGCUCUUAUAACGUGGUGUACUUUGUAACCUUUAACUCUUUAAUUAAAUAUUAACUGUUUCCCCCCC